AUGCCUCAACCGACCGCCCGAAGCAACCACUUUCUGGGCAGUUUCAUUGUUCUUUCGCGAUUGCACUCGCACCCUUUCAACCAUUCCAGCCGACUCAGACCCCCCCUUGGCGACGCCGAAGACCAGCUGUACGUACCGACUGGACAGUCUUCCCGGAAGGGCAGAAGAGCAAGUCAUUGUCCCUACAACUGGGCAAUACUAUUUAAACAAUAA